UGACGGCGAGAGCGUGUUGGAGGCACACACACACACACUCGCUCUCGCAUACAGCCUUACAGAGACAGGAGGGGAGAGUCAGAGACGUGGAGAAGAAGAAGAGGAGUGUGUGAGAGAGAGAAGGAGAGAAUGUCUGCUGAGAGGGUGGCUCUCGUUCCUCGCUCACAAACCGGCCCUCGCUGAGACACCAUGGGCUGUAUCGGAUCCCGCACCAUCACGGUGGAUGCAGUUCCUGUUCGGAAAGAUGGGGAGCAGCAAGGACAUGGCGAGUUUUCCUGGGAAGGAAUCAAUCUGUCCGUGGAGGACACCACCUCCAUUUUGCCCCGUCUGAAGCGGAACUCCAACGCCUAUGGGAUUGGAGCUCUGGCUAAGUCCUCUCUGACAGGUGUGUCAGGGGUUUCCAGAUCAAUGAAGGACAAAGUGACCAAGCCCACCGCCAUGGCCCAGGGUCGCGUGGCCCAUAUGAUUGAGUGGCAGAGCUGGGGUAUACCUUCUGCAGGGCCGGAAGGAGGAGCGGGCCGCUCCAACCUGAACCGCGAGAGGGAGAGACGGCUUGAAAAUGACGCCUACAGUGACUUGAGUGACGGUGAAAAAGAGGCACGAAUGGCAGCGGGCAUUUUGCAGCAGUUUGCCAUCUCUGAGGCCACACUCUUAGCCUGGACCUCUAUGGAUGGAGACAGUUUCUGUGUGGACUCCAACCAGGGCAGCGUGGCUCACCUCAGUGAGGUUAACCAGGAGAGCAUCACUAGCAGAGACCAGCCGCUGCAUCAUUCCUCUGCAGACGUGUGGCCUCACACUUACGUCUCCCAAGGCCUUUACUGUCUAUCCUCCUCUGAUGCGUGGGAGCCAAUCAGCAACGAGCCCUCAGGCAUGGCCUCUCCCGCUGCCGGCUCUUACAUCAUGGGGGGCGGGGCUUCGGGUGAGGGUUUUGACGGCUCUACCCACUACCUGACGCAGCAGCAGUUGACGUUGCAGCAACAGAACAACCUACAGCAGUUCCAACAAUAUCAGCAGUACCAGCAGCAGCAGCUCAUGCAGUACCAACAGUCAUUGGAACAUCGACUGCACAGCGCCUCACACUCCUUACAAGCCACUCCCAACAGCACUAUUCACAGUUUGGGGCUGCCCACUCACCCGAGACUAGCUGACCUGUGGGCGGCGGCUCAGGUGGAGCCCCAUCAGGUGGAGUUGAUGGGACACAUGGGCUUGUCCACGGCUGAUAUGGGCAUGGGGGAAGUGUACGGUGAGGAAUCUGUCAUGGAGACCGAAUGCAUCCCAGAGCAGCAAGAGGAGGAGGAAGUCAAGGAGGAUGACAUAACACUUACCUUUGAACCCGAGCCGACAUCUGUAAUUUCCAUCCUGACACAGAGAGAGGACUCCACCCCAGCUGGGGUCAUGAGCCCAGGAAGAGCACCAGCACAGCCAAUGGCUGAGCACAUGACCUACGAGGUCACAUCCUGCGUCGUCCAAUCGCUGGAGGAGAAGGAAGAAGAGAUGGAGGAUGGGGCCGUGGUUGUUGUGGCGACCAACUGAAAUUGAGGGCCAGCUGAAAGGACGGAGCGAGGAACAUAAAAAAACUAAACUGUCUGUGAAAUUAUCAAACCAAUUAAGCUACUGUAUAUGCCCUUUUACCCCAGAUGUGUACAAACUGUUACAUCACAGAUUUAUUCGUUAUAAACGCUGAAAGAGUGCUCUCUCGGAACGGCGGGCGCAUAGAGACCAAACGUCGGAGAGCGUCAAAGCCGGGAUGAUAUGUGCUCCUGCUGUUUUAUUGCUGGAGUGCUGAAGUCCAAGGCCACUUGCAAAUGAAAACAAAGAGUGCAAUACUGAGAAAUCAAUACAACCAAAAGAAAGUGCAUGCGUUUUUUUGAGUAUUUAAGUGACUGAAUCAACAGUAUCAACAUAGUAAUAAUAUAUAUAUUGAUUUUUGUAAUAAAACUAAAAGCCAAUGAAACAAUAUGUAUUUGUAUAUAUAACAUGUAUGUACUGUGUGUGUUAGUACGAAUGUAUGAAUGUGUCUUUAAAGGUAUAUUCUCGAAAAAAAAAAAACGUUACGAAUUUGCUGUUUGCGUGAAGUGUCCCCUACUGU